AUGGCGUACACAUCACCUGCCGUGGUCAUUGACAAUGGAUCACAAACCACCAGAGCUGGUUUUGCGUCUGAAGACUUCCCAUCUUUAGUGUAUUCAUCAAAUUAUCUGGUGGAUUCAAAUAACAAGGUUGUUAUUGGAGAUGAUGAAAUUGAUAAACAUCCAGAAAAUGAAAUCAUGACCCUUCUUGACAAUGGGUUGGUGUACAACUGGGAUAAUGUCAUUCAUAACUGGCAAUAUGCUUACGAUAAUCUUGACUCCAGCUCUCCAAUAGAUCCAAAGGAAUAUCCACUUAUGUUGACUGAACCUUCAUGGAAUACAAAGAAGAAUAAACUUAUAAGUACUCAGAUGGCAUUCGAAACAUUGGAGGUACCUAUCUUUUCGCUCGUCAAGACUCCCUUGGCCCAAUUAUUCCAUCAAAGUAAAGCCACUGGUUUGAUUGUGGAUAUCGGAUCUGCCAUUACCAGUAUUACCCCAAUUCUUGAUGGUAUUAUUCAAACCAAGGCUGCUAUGCACUCCAAAUAUGCUGGUGAUUUUGCUAGUUUACAUUCUUUGAAUUAUUUAAGUCAAAAAGUACCAUCCCUUGAUCAUUUAUUACCUAAACCAUUUAUAAGUGAUUUAUCCAAUUUGAAAGCAACUGCUUCAUUUAAAAACUUUCAAAUCACCAAUAAAGUUGUUGAAGAAUUUAGAUAUUCAAUGUUACAAGUUUCGGAAUUACCUGCUACUGCAAGUCAUUUUUCAGCUCCAGCUAAAAGUUUCUAUUUACCAUAUGGUGAAAAUGUACAAGUCCAACAAGAACAAUUCAGUUUAUUAGAACCACUUUUCCAACCUCUGGCUUUCCAAUUACCAAACUUGUCGAUCCCAGCUCCUGCAUUCGAUAAGCCAGCUACUCAAGGGUUGACUCAUAUAAUCCUUUCAUCCUUGAAAGCUUUAGAAGCUUCAAUUAUCCCACAAGCAGUACUUGAAAAUACCGCCAAUACAUCUGCCAAUAGUAGUCACCAUGCUAGAUUCAAUGAUAUAUUAAGAGAAUUGCUCUCAAACAUUUUAAUAACCGGUGGUACAUCUUUGACUCCUGGUUUGACCCAAAGAGUUCUUCAUGACUUAUACAAGUCGGUAAAUCAAUUUUUCCCAAAUUACCUUUGUACACAACCGGGACGUUUGGUUUUAAACGUUCUUGGAAAUAAUCAAACCAAUGGUAAUGAUGUGUGGGACAAGAAGUUUGGUUCUUGGAUAGGUGCAUGUAACUUGGCAAGUAUGUUGAACAGCCUGAACCAAGAGAACGAUAAUGGCGCCAGUAUUGCUUUGGACAAUUGGUAUAUCACCAAGAGUGAAUAUGAAGAAUUGGGUGAAGAUUUGAUUUUAGAAAAGUUUAAAUAG